UAGCAGGGGACUCAUGGCCGACAGCGACUGGCUGAAGCGGUGUCAUUCAGCGAGCGGCGAGGCGGGGCAGGGCUCCCUUCUUCCCCCCCGCCCCCAAGCGAAGAGGGUGACCUCAAUCAUGGACUGUGAAGAAAUCCCUGAGUUUUCAUGUCCAGAGGAGGAAACUGCAUACUGGAAGGAGCUAUCUUUAAAAUAUAAACAAAGUUUCCAGGAGGCCCGUGAAGAGCUGGCAGAAUUUCAGGAGGGCAGCAGAGAACUGGAAGCAGAGUUGGAGGCCCAGCUAGUACAGGCUGAACAGAGGAACCGGGACUUGCAAGCAGACAACCAAAGAUUGAAGCAGGAAGUGGAAACUUUAAAGGAGAAGCUUGAGCACCAAUAUGCACAGAGCUACAAGCAAGUGUCUUUGUUGGAGGAUGACUUGAAUCAGACCAGGGCAAUUAAAGACCAGCUGCAUAAAUAUGUGAGAGAGCUAGAGCAAGCCAAUGAUGACCUUGAGCGUGCUAAGAGGGCUACAAUUGUUUCCUUGGAAGACUUUGAACAAAGGCUGAAUCAGGCCAUUGAGAGAAAUGCCUUUUUGGAAAGUGAACUUGAUGACAAGGAAUCUCUGCUAGUUUCUGUACAAAGGCUGAAGGACGAAGCAAGAGAUUUAAGACAAGAACUAGCAGUACGGGAAAGGCAACAGGAAGUGACCAGAAAGUCAGCUCCUAGUUCCCCGACGUUGGACUGUGAAAAGAUUGAUUCAGCUGUCCAAGCUUCACUCUCGCUGCCAGCAACACCUGUUGGGAAAAGCUGUGAGAACAGUUUUCCCUCACCAAAAGCUCUUCCCAAUGGUUUUGGUACCAGUCCCCUUACUCCGUCUGCUAGGAUAUAUGCGCUCAACAUUGUAGGUGAUCUUCUAAGGAAAGUUGGGGCCUUGGAAUCAAAAUUAGCUGCUUGUAGAAACUUUGCGAAGGACCAGGCAUCGAGGAAAUCACACAUUUCAGGGAACAUAAACAGCAGCAUGAUCAACGGCAACGGCAUGAAGUUCUGUCAUUCGGGACACACAACAUUCUACGACAAAAUGUCAGAUUCCCUGCAUAUUUCAUGGGGCAGUCAAUGGCUUUGACCAAAGCCCACCACCUGGUCUAGGAGGGUCCAGACCAUCGUCAGCACCAGGCAUGCUCCCUCUGAGUGUAUGAAUGGGUUGCAAGGCCAUGAUGGGACUUGAAAUUAGUUCUUGAAGGAAGAGGAAGAGCUGCUUGCGAUACGUUUCUGUUAGUGCCCCCUGCUAGAGCUGAGUGGGUGCUGUAGCAGUCAGAAGCUACUCGGAAAAUAUCCCAGCACACACAGAGCACUCCUUAUGUCAAUACAGUCUACUUUCUUCUAUUUCCAUCAUGGACGUUCUUUAACGUGGUCACCGCUGAUGUCUGUUUCACAGGAUGCUGGAGCUGCACUUGCCUAAAUUACCUUCCUUCUCCCCCGACCCUCCUUUUGUACCUUUACUAAGUUGGGCCUACUUUGAUGGUGGAUGGCGCCUUACCAACUUCACCAUUUCUUCACACUGCCUCCCCUUCUGCAAAUCUUGCACAUAGGCACACAAGACCUGCGCUGUGGUUCUCCCCCCCCCCUUUCUGUAUGAGACAACUCAUGUUCAAGGGAAGUCGGGGAAGGUCUUUGGCCAGUUGAUACACCUGGGAUGCAGGAUGAACCUUCCAUACACCUACUGAAACUUUGAUGUAUCCAAGGGGCUUGAUUCCUGAUGGAGCACCCCUGCUAAAGAUCUAUACUUGGUAUCUCCUCUGUGGAGCACAAGAAAUGUAUGUGUUGUGCAAUUAAGUCUCUGUUCACCAAAGCUGGUAAUUUUUUUAAAAAAUAGAGCAACACCCUGUUUAAUAUUUUUUUCUAGUCAGCUUCAUCCUAUGGAGCUGGCGUUUGCCUAUUUUAUUUCAAUAAACUUGUGGCUUGAGUUCUGCGUACUUACUGAGAAUUGCCUAAGAGCAAGGGAAAGAGGAGGGAAUAAGGCUAGGGCAGACUAGGGGCAAAUUGCCACUCACAGCUUGGAUUUUAUCAGCCCUUUUCUUGUGUGUCCUUUGCUGCAUUUACUGUUUACAUUUGUUUUCCUGUACAUAGGUUUGUAAACAUAAUAUCUUUGCCUAAGAUAUUUGUACAUAACUUGGGCUUUGUAGCUUUAUUUAUUCAGAAUCUCUGAGGCAUGUUUUCCCUUGGACAGUAUAUCAGAUUUCUGUGGUGACUGCCAUCCUGUGGUUUAACGAGAGAUGGUCCAAAAAUAAAAAACUUUUAAUGUGGA